ACUCUCGUCUCGUGUUCCUCGGCAUCUCCCUCCCUCCUUCCUCGGCCUUGCGUCUCACGCCCCCUCGUCAACCGCGGCGGCGGCGGCGGCGGAGAGCGGCCUUCCUCUCUCCUCGGCGUCGGGUCUCCCGUCGGCCAGGACCAUGGCUGGCGGUUUUAGAGUGCUGCAUCUUGUCAGGCCCUUUCUGGGUUUCUUACCGGAAGUACAGAGUGCUGAUAGGAGAAUUCCAUUCAGAGAAAAACUCAUCUACACUGUUAUUUCCCUCUUCAUUUUCCUAGUGUGCAGCCAGCUCCCGCUCUAUGGCAUCCAUUCAACUACUGGAGCUGACCCUUUCUACUGGUUGCGUGCUAUUCUUGCAUCCAACCGUGGUACUGUUAUGGAGCUGGGUAUCACUCCAAUUGUGACAUCUGGGAUGGUGAUGCAACUUCUGGUAGGAUCAAAGAUCAUUGAAGUUGACAACAGUGUGAGAGAGGAUCGUGCACUUCUGAAUGGUGCACAAAAGUUGCUUGGUAUCCUCAUUGCUAUCGGAGAAGCUGUGGCAUAUGUUUUGUCUGGAAUGUAUGGCAGUGUGAGCCAACUAGGAACAGGGAAUGCUAUUCUCAUUAUACUUCAACUUUUCUUUGCUGGCAUCAUUGUCAUCUGUCUGGAUGAACUUCUCCAGAAAGGAUAUGGUUUGGGUUCUGGCAUUUCUCUAUUCAUCGCUACCAACAUCUGUGAGAAUAUCAUCUGGAAGGCGUUUAGCCCCACAACCAUCAACAGUGGACGUGGUGCUGAAUUUGAAGGGGCUGUCAUUGGGUUGUUCCACCUCUUGAUUACUAGAACUGACAAAGUCCGUGCCCUACGGGAGGCUUUCUACCGCCAGAAUCUUCCCAACGUGACCAACUUACUUGCUACUGUCCUGGUCUUCCUCAUUGUUAUCUAUUUCCAAGGCUUCCGUGUCGUGCUUCCAGUGAGAUCAAGGAAUGCCCGUGGGCAGCAAGGUUCAUAUCCAAUUAAACUGUUUUACACAUCGAAUAUGCCCAUCAUUCUGCACUCUGCGCUGAUUACCAACCUCUACUUUAUAUCUCAGCUUCUUUACAAGAAGUUCAGUGGCAACUUCCUGGUUAACCUUCUCGGUAUAUGGAAGGAAUCCGAGUAUUCAGGCCAUUCUAUUCCUGUUGGUGGUCUUGCAUACUAUGUAACUGCCCCAUCAAGUUUGGCUGAUGUUGUCGCAAAUCCAUUCCAUGCGCUGUUCUAUGUGGUCUUCAUGCUGUCAGCUUGCGCUCUCUUCUCAAAGACAUGGAUUGAAGUUUCUGGUUCAUCAGCAAGGGAUGUUGCUAGGCAGCUCAAGGAACAACAAAUGGUGAUGCCAGGCCAUCGUGAGUCAAACUUGGAGAGGGAGUUGAACAGAUACAUCCCCACCGCUGCUGCAUUUGGAGGAGUCUGCAUUGGCGCGCUGACUGUCCUAGCUGAUUUCAUGGGUGCAAUCGGUUCAGGAACCGGUAUACUGCUUGCGGUCACCAUCAUAUACCAAUACUUCGAGACGUUCGAGAAGGAAAGGGCGACCGAGCUUGGUUUCUUCGGUUUUUGAUCAAGGACUGAGUGAUAUGGUGCUAGGGCUAGCUGGUUCUUCUUGCAAGCCGAGAUACUGUCUGGGGACCUUAGAUUCAGAAAUUGUAGCAGAGUCUGCGUGUGUGUGUGUGUUUUCAGGCGCAUGGUAGCAUGUACAUCGGCCAAGUGCAGCCAUGGCCAAUUAGCCGCCAAGUGUUUGUGUUCAGUGGUCUGCUGAGUUUUGGCUACCUUAGUAACCGGAUAUGUUGCAGUUACUUUUGAACUAAAUUGUAUAUUACUUUCUUUGUUUUGCGGCAA